CUUGCAUGCCCUUUCACUUCAUUGCUUCGACCCAAAUUCCAUCUUUUCACUAAAUCUUCCUUUUUUUUAUUUUUAUCUCACUCUUUUUCACUCUCAUUCCCUCGACAAAAAAAACUUGAGCACUUAACAAAACAGAGGAAGAGAAAGCAGAUAAAGAAGCUAGGUGGCUAUGGCAGGAAACCAAUUACAGGUGCUUAACGCUCUUGAUGUAGCCAAAACACAAUGGUAUCAUUUCACAGCAAUCAUCAUAGCUGGGAUGGGCUUCUUCACUGAUGCAUAUGAUCUCUUCUGCAUAUCUCUUGUCACCAAAUUGCUUGGCCGCAUAUACUAUCAUGUUGAUGGCGCAGAGAAGCCUGGAACUUUGCCUCCCAAUGUAUCAGCUGCAGUUAAUGGUGUAGCGUUCUGCGGAACACUAGCAGGCCAGCUCUUUUUUGGUUGGCUUGGUGACAAGCUAGGCCGAAAGAAGGUCUAUGGUAUGACUCUCAUGCUCAUGGUCGUAUGCUCUAUUGCAUCAGGUCUCUCUUUUGGCCACACCCCUAAAUCUGUCAUUGCGACUCUUUGCUUUUUCCGGUUCUGGCUUGGCUUUGGCAUUGGUGGUGAUUAUCCACUUUCUGCCACAAUCAUGUCUGAAUAUGCUAACAAGAAAACUCGCGGAGCGUUCAUUGCUGCAGUGUUUGCAAUGCAAGGUUUUGGAAUUUUAGCAGGUGGUAUUUUCGCAAUUAUUAUAUCCUCCGCAUUCAAGGCCAGGUUUGAUGCUCCACCUUAUGAGGUUGAUGCACUUGGAUCCACCGUUCCACAAGCAGACUAUGUUUGGCGUAUUAUUUUGAUGGUUGGAGCACUCCCAGCUGCUCUUACCUACUACUGGAGGAUGAAGAUGCCUGAAACUGCUCGUUACACUGCCCUUGUUGCCAAGAAUGCAAAGCAAGCAGCAUCUGAUAUGUCAAAGGUCUUGCAGAUGGACAUCGAGGCAGAGCCACAAAAGAUUGAGCAAUUGGAACGGGAGAAAUCCAAAUUUGGUUUGUUCUCUAAGGAGUUUGCUAAACGUCAUGGACUUCACUUGCUUGGAACAACAACCACUUGGUUCUUGCUUGACAUUGCAUUCUACAGCCAAAAUUUGUUCCAAAAGGAUAUCUUUAGCGCCAUUGGUUGGAUUCCUUCUGCAAAGACCAUGAAUGCCCUUGAGGAAGUUUUCAGAAUUGCAAGGGCACAAACACUAAUUGCUCUUUGUAGCACUGUUCCAGGCUACUGGUUCACAGUGGCUUUAAUUGACAAGAUAGGCAGAUUUUCCAUCCAAUUAAUGGGCUUCUUCUUCAUGACAGUGUUCAUGUUUGCAUUGGCUAUCCCUUACGACCACUGGACCCAUAAGGACAACCGAAUCGGCUUUGUUAUUAUGUACUCAUUGACUUUCUUCUUCGCAAAUUUUGGACCUAAUGCCACCACAUUUGUUGUACCAGCUGAGAUUUUCCCAGCAAGGUUCAGGUCCACGUGCCAUGGUAUAUCAGCAGCAUCAGGAAAGCUUGGUGCUAUAGUUGGUGCAUUUGGAUUCUUGUAUUUGGCUCAAAAUAAGGAGAAGGCCAAGGCAGAUGCAGGGUACCCUGCAGGUAUUGGGGUAAAGAAUUCACUUCUUCUACUAGGUGCAGUCAAUGCCUUGGGCUUCUUGUUCACUUUCUUGGUGCCAGAAUCAAAAGGGAAAUCUUUAGAAGAGAUGUCAGGUGAGAACGAAGAUAAUGGAGCAGAGAGAGAGGCAGAUCUAUCAUCAUCUACUAACCACAAGACUGUUCCAGUUGCAUAAGUUGGACUCGUGAACCACUGAGUUGAAAAGCUGUAGAACUCUUUUAAUUCGAGAAUAGGGUAUACGAGAAUAGGGUAUAUUAUUCUUUGACAUGUACCCUAUUCUAUUAAACUCUGUUUUUUGUUCUGUAGCUUAAAUAAUAAAGAAUUCUGUGGUUGCCUCUUUUCAUUUUAUCAACAAACGUUCUAUGGCUUCUCAACAGCCAUCAAAAUUGAACCAACAAGUCAGGUUCAGUUUAGUCUUGGCUCUCUUGCGUAUUGUUUUUACAUCAGAGUAACUGCCUCUGGCAUUUUUUCAAAGUCAUUUGUCGUGCGUGGCGUGUUUGUUAAUGAGGUCAAACAAAAUCAGUCGCAUUUGAAUGCCGGUUUCUGCAAUUUUACAACCAGCUUUGUAAAAUAAUUGUAAUACCUUUCCAAAACUUUUUGACUUCUAUCUUCAAAUCUUGUCAGGGACAAGUUUUCAGAUUUCAGGGGACCAUGAGCUGAUCACACAAUUAACUAUGGAAGACAUUAUUGCUUCCUUUGUUUCAAAGUAUUCUUUGAUAGCUCUAUCUAUUGCUCGACUUUAUUUACAUGCUUUAAUGUUCAAAC